AUGGCAUCUUCUUCACGUGAACCAUCACCAAAAAGAAGUCAAACAGUUGAUUCACAAUUAAACACAAAUCGAAGACAAAACUAUGAUGAAUCUAAAUCAAAAACACCUCGAACACGUUUAGCUCCAAUACAUCGUUCUUCUAGUUUAUAUCGUCUUAAUAAAUUAUAUCAUUGUCCACCAACACCACCACCUGAAGUACAAUUUGAUCGUGAACACAGUUUUGUACUUGAUUGUAAAGCUGUUUCAAAUAUUUCGAUUGAUUAUUCACCAGCUAAUCCAAAAUUAGGUUCUGUUAUUCCACCAUAUAAUUCACAAUUAGAUCCGCAUGUUCAAAGUUAUUUUCAAUUUUUCGGCUUACCAAAAACAUUAGAAAACACUGGACAAUUAGCUUCCCAUGAAUCUAUUGCUGGUCAUGUACAUGAUCGUUUUUACACAAAUGGUCCUGGUUUUCGAUAUUUAUCACUUCGAAAUAAAUUUGGUUCAGGACAUUCAAUCGAUGAAGUUCGUGGGCAUGAAUUAUUUUUAAGUGAUCCAAAACCUGUAGUCAACUAUAAUGGACUUUUUGGUUAUCGUCGUAAUACUCCAUCACUUCGUAGACAACCAACAAUUGGUACGACAACAGUUGAUAGUACUCAAGGCAUUAUACCAUUCGGCCGUUUUUCGGUCAUUGGUUGUGGUAAACCUUAUGAAUUCAAUUGCCGAUGUAAAUUUGAUCGACCAUGCCGAUGUCAUAAUCAAGAUAAACUUUGUCCAUGCGUUAAAGCAUAA